UCAUCCUUUCCCUAGGUGAAGCUAACGAGUCCUUAUAGUGUGUGUGAGUGUGUAUAUGUGUGUGUGUGUGUCGUGGUCCUUCCGGUGUCUCCAUCACCGAAAUGUGCGUCCGUGUUGAUCGAUGAGCGGCGAGCGUGAGUGAGUGAGAGAGGUUCGUCCUCCGCCGCCAGCACGGGUCGCUCCUAGCGCGAAAGAUGAGCAAAGUGUGCGAGUGUGCUCCAAACGGUUGGCACAUAAAGUGAGCGCCAACAUAAUCCCAGGUUUUGCGUCUGUCAGUUGCUAGCCAACGCAAAGAAGAAGAAAAAGAAGAAGCAAAUCAAAAUCAAGUUUGUGUAUUGUGGGUUGCAGUUUUGUGUUUUCGUCCGUUCGAAUAUGUUACGUGAGGUGAUGGUGCGAUUGUGCCGGAGAAGAAUGCCCCUCCCGACGGUGCUGACGGUGGCGCUGGCCGCCCUGGUGAGCGUUAGCCCGUGCGUUACCGGCGCUCACUGGGAUCAUGCCAUCUUUCUGGACGACGACUACCGGCUGCUGUGGAGCAUCACCGGCCAGGACAUCACGUUCGAGGUGCAGGCCCGCACCCACGGCUACAUUGGGCUGGGGUUUUCCAAGGACGGCACCAUCUACGGGGCGGACAUGGUCAUCGGCUGGGUCGACCAGGGUCAGGUGCACUUUCAGGACCGGCACGUGAAGAAGCACGGUGACGGUGAGCCGCUGGUCGACUCCUCGCAGGACUACGUGCUGCUGCUCGGCUACGAAAACCAAACGCACACGGUGCUGCGCUUCAAGCGCAAACUGGACACGUGUGACGUGGCGUACGACGUCCCGAUCACGAACGACACCAUGCGUGUGAUCUACAUGUACCACAACAAGGAACCGCACGGUGCGUUCUACACGCCCGGUAGUCUGCCGGACCCGGCCGAAGCGUUCAAGCAGGCUCGGUCCCUCUUCCUGACCCAGCGCAUCAACCAGGCCCCGCUGAAGCCGGACCCCCGGCUGCGCACGAUGGAGCUGCUCAAUCAGGACGUAAAUUUGCCGCAGGGCGACGGCACCCUGCACUGGUGUAAGAUGUUCAAGCUGAACGAUAUCAAUCGCAAACAUCAUCUGAUUAGGUACGAGCCAGUGUUUGACUCGGGGACGAGUGCAUCCUACGUCUAUCACAUGAUCCUGCACGAGUGUCAAGGAUCGUCACCGGAGCUGGAAAUUAUGUCACGGGAAAACGGUUGCCCGUGCUAUCGGGCAGAUAAAUCGAUACUGACCUGCAACUCGAUAGUGGCGGCGUGGACCCGCGGUUCCGAGGGAUUUUCCUUUCCCAGCCAGGUUGGGUAUCCGCUCGAGUCGAACCAGGCCCGCUUCUACCUGAUGGAGACGCACUACAGCCUGACCGCGAACGAGUACAGCUGGCCGCCGAAACCGAAGGCAAUGGUGGACAAUUCCGGCCUGCGGCUGUUCUACACCAGCACGCUGCGCAGCCAGGACGCCGGCGUGCUGUCGGUCGGGAUGGACCCGAACUGGCGGCACAUCAUACCGCCCGGCCAGGAGCACGUCGUGUCCGAGGGCCACUGCGUCGGGGAGUGCACGCAGCGCGCCUUCCCGCGGGACGGUGUGAACAUCUUUGCGGUGAUGAUGCGGACGCACCAGAUCGGGCGGCAGAUCAAGCUGCGCCAGAUACGGCACCGGGAGGAGCUGCUGCCGAUAGCGCACGAUCGUAACACGGACUGGAACUAUCAGGAGUAUCGGCGGCUGUCGGCGCCGGUGCGAGUGCUGCCCGGUGAUCGGCUGAUUGCGGAAUGCAUUUACGACAGUUCGGCCCGGGCUGCCAUCACGCUCGGUGGGUUGACGACGCGGGAGGAGACGUGUCUGGUGCUGGCGCUCUACUACCCGCGGCAGAAGGAGCUGACCACGUGCCAUUCGCUGCCGAGCUUACCCACCGUCAUAAACUCGCUCGGCAUCAAUGAGCUAGUGCCCGGAUCGAACCCGGUACGGAUUGCAUCGCCACCGGAGCUGUCCGGCAUGACGCUCGAGACGCGCCUGAUCUCGUACGACUGGCGGAACAACUUCCGCAGCUUUCAGUACGUCACCAGGCGCGGCUCGUUUAAGCCGCUGUGCUGGAGCGCCAAGAAUCAGCCCAUGCCGGGCACGGAAAAUCUCGAAGGAUUUGCGCCGAACAUCACGAAAUCGUACAAGCUGAUCCGCUCGUGCAGCUUCGUCGGCAGCACGAACGUCGCGAACGUGCUGUUCCAGAACCGGAACCGGUACGUGACGGAGUCGGAAACGAGCGUCGAUCGGGCGGCGGCGGCCGGCAGCGACGACGACGACGACGACGACAUCGACAGCAACAACGUGAUAGAGGGUGCCGCCCGCAGCAAGGUGUCCCGCAGCUCCGUCACCGAGUCGAUGGGGCUGAGCGGCGGUCCGGCCACGUUCCGUCCGCUCGGUGCCGCGCCGAACAUGUUUGCGUUUCUGCUGUUCAUCAUCUUCCUGUACUCGUUCCGGAUAGCGCACCGGGUGUGAACCGGCGGCUCAAUCUACUAAGCGGCAAGAGGAGAAGCAUACAAUAAUAAGUAGACAACCAAUUUGCAGCUGAGAUGCAUCCAACUCACCAAAGAGUCCUAGAUUCGACCGUUCGGCCGUUCGUUCGAUGAACGAUUGUAAUGAAACGUACUGUACAUACGGGAUGUAAAUGUUUGUAAGUGUGUGUGUAAGUGUGUCUUUUAUUUGGGGGCGAGGAAAAGAAAUGAACGUUUUUCUCAACACCUAAAGGGUUGAAGAGAAACUGUACCGCUAAGCAAUGAAUAUUCGGGGUUACCUUGCAUUCCACCAGGUGGAAGGACUAAUUGUUUCUUUCUCAUUUUUUAUCGUUUAACUGCAAGUAGAAAAUAAAUGUUGUAAAAAAGAGAUACGUACAGUUUCGCCCAGCCGAACAUGAAAGUGAUGAAAAGGGAAGGAAAAGAGGCGAAAGUGUUGGUGAAACAUAUGGAAAAAACUACUGGAAAGCAGAACCCAUGAAAGUAACAUAGAAGAAAUCUAAUCCGUGUCAAAACAUAUACAACUGAUACACGUAGAGAGAAGGAAAAAGCAGAGAAAAUAUCUGUCUUCUCUUGCUAAUGUCACCUAUUUUUCGACUUGUACAUAAGCGCUUUGCCAUAUAGCGUGUCUGUUUUUGUGUUUUUGUAUAUAGUACAUUUUGUAAAAAAGAGUAACAAGAAACUAAAAUCGGUAGUAGAUCUGAACGUUUGAAGAGAAAUCAUAAAAAAUGAAAAA